AUGGAUCUUUGCCCGGACCUAGUUGAUCAGUCCUCAUCAGGGUCGAUUGUGAAACCAGAAGUCGGUUCCGAAAGUGUAAACGUAUCUGAAACAACAGCUAACCAUCUUGAUGAUGAUUAUGCUGAUGAAGGAAUUGAAGAAGGACCUUCCGAAAGUGGCGACAGCAGUAAAGACUUCUCGAAAUCUCCAGAAGGCUCAUCAGAGGAUAAUGAAAAGAAGACAAAUUCCAACGAUAAGCCUCCGUUCUCCUACAACGCGCUCAUUAUGAUGGCAAUCAAAAGCAGUAGUGAGAAGCGAUUAACUCUGUCUGGGAUCUACGACUACAUUAUGACAAAUUAUCCUUUCUACCGUGAUAAUAAGCAAGGCUGGCAGAACUCGAUUCGUCACAACUUGUCGUUGAACAAAUGCUUCGUGAAGGUGCCAAGAAGCUUUGAUGAUCCCGGUAAAGUUAGACCAUGUGAGUUUGAAAUGUUACUUUUUAAAACAGCUUGUAUCGCCAACUCAACGAAUAAGGACGGUAACUACUGGAUGCUAGAUGCUUCCUGCGAAGACGAAGUCUUUAUCGGUGGCGCUACAGGCAAACUACGACGACGGCCUUCAUCUAUGAGUCGCGCCAGAAUGGAUGCCUUCAAGCAGUAUGGCGCAGCUGCAGCGGCACUUUUCCCUCCGUACAGUCAAGUCGUCUUCCCUCGUCCACCUCAUCCAUUCCCUCCUCGCCCACUCCUGCCAAUUCCAACAUUUUAUGCCCAUACUGACCUUAUGCAUCUGUACUUAGCCCAACAACAACAACAACAACAGGAAAUGUUGAAGAAAUUCUAA